AAGAGCAGUAGUCCUGUUGCCACUGACCAUAUAAUUCUGUCUGUUGAUUGUGCUGAUGGUCUGUUGGUUGUUUUGUUGGAGUGUUGCACAGAAUGGAGCUUCCCCAGCUUGAACACGCUAGGCUCCGAAGACAUGAUAGCGCAGCCUCUGUGCCUCAGUUCUGUAACUCUCCCACAAUGAUUGUGAUGGUUGGAUUGCCAGCCAGAGGGAAGACAUACAUUUCCAAGAAGCUCACUCGUUACCUGAACUGGAUCGGGGUUCCAACAAAAAUGUUUAACGUGGGCCAGUACCGCAGGGAGGCCGUCAAGAUCUAUAAAAACUUUGAAUUCUUCAAACCUGAUAACGAGGAAGCCAUGAAGAUUCGCAAGGCCUGUGCAGCAGCUGCACUCAAAGAUGUUGCUUUGUACUUCACAAAGGAACAGGGGCAAGUAGCCGUAUUUGAUGCUACAAACACCACAAGAGAAAGGAGGGCAAUCAUUCUUAGUUUUGCAAUGGAAAUGGGCUACAAGGGUGUAUGUGAGGAACUAACUUAUGAGGAAAUUCAGGAGAAUUUCCCAGAAGAAUUUGCACUGAGAGACCAGGACAAAUAUCGCUAUCGGUACCCAAAGGGCGAGAAUGUCAACAUCACCAGAAACCCAGAGGAAGCUCUGCAGACUGUUCCUGACCACAUAUAA